AUUAUUAUCAUUAUAAUAUUCAUGAUUUUAUCAUCAUUCUGAACUGACGUCAGGAAGAAUUAGAGACAAAAUUUAAGAUUCUAUAUUUUGAUUCUUGUUUUCGUGAAAUAAACGUGGAAGGCCAAAACCCAGAUCAGUGUUUUUUUAUUGUCAAGUGAAGUUCUUAGUUGUCAAGUUUCGAAGCUUUUCCACUAGAGAGAAUAAAAAAAGGGAUAGCCUUCUCUUCUUUUUCUUUUUUGGAUUUUGAUUGAUCAGGAGCAAAUGGGUUUUUGCCCUUGUUGUUGUUGGAGGAGAGUGAAGAAGCAGAAGAGUGGAGAUGAUUCAGUAGGAUCAAAAAGCGUUACAGGCUCAAGGCGGGAACCACCAGCUCCAACAGAUGAGCCUAAUGCUGGCAAUAGAGCUCAGACUUUUACCUAUCAAGAGCUGGAAACCGCAACAAAUGGUUUUAGAAACACAUCCUUGAUUGGACGAGGUGGAUUUGGGCCUGUUUAUAAAGGGCAAUUAGGAAGUACUGGUCAGGUUGUAGCUGUUAAGCAACUUGAUAGGAGUGGUCACCAAGGGGAAGAGGAGUUCCUUGUGGAGGUUCUCAUGCUUUCUCUUUUACAUCACCCUAAUCUUGUCAAUAUGAUUGGAUACUGUGCUGAAGGGGAUCAGCGGCUUCUUGUCUAUGAGUACAUGGAGCUGGGAUCCUUGGAAGAUCAACUCCGUUUUCGUACUCCUGGUCAGAAGCCUUUGGACUGGAAUACAAGAUUGACAAUAGCUGCUGGUGCAGCCAAAGGUCUGGAAUAUCUUCACAGUGGAGCCAAUCCUCCCGUUUUGUGUAGAGAUUUAACAUCAUCUAACAUACUAUUAGGUGAGGGCUUCCACCCAAAGCUCUCUGAUUUUGGGCUUGCAAAAUUUGGUCCAAGCGGAGAUAAAUCACAUGUUUCCACUAGGAUCAUGGGAACCAGAGGCUACUGUGCCCCCGAGUACCUUAGUAGCGGAAAAUUGAGUAUGAAGUCUGACAUCUUUAGUUUUGGGGUAGUCUUGUUGGAGCUAAUAACUGGACGUAAAGCUCAUGAUAUUACCAGUGCUCCUGACGAGCGAUACCUUGUUAAUUGGGCCCUACCCAUGUUGAGAGAUGCAAAGAAGAUUUUGAGCUUAGCGGAUCCUGUGCUGAGAGGUCACUUUCCCAGACCCACCUUGAGGAGGGUUCUAGAGGUCGCCUCCAUGUGCAUCCAAGAAAAUGCUAAUUCCAGACCCUCUAUUGGUGAUGUAGUGCUUGCUCUGAAUUAUUUGGCUUCCCGUCCAUAUGACCCAAAUGAAGGCAAUAGGGUUGAUGUCAGAGCCAGAGGGCCUGAGAUCAGGGAGUCUCCAACCAUGGCGUUUGACAGAGAGCGAGCUGUUGCUAGGGCCAUGGAGUGGGGACGGAGAUGCAGAGAAAAAAGACGACAAAGUGGAGAAAAUGUCUCUGGUGGAUCAAACAGGUCAAAGUUGAAGACAUUCUUGGAGUUAAACCAACAUGAACGAGGAACUCCAUGUGCAUGAAGGAGGAAAUCUAGAAGCCUAAAUCUUAAGUGCAUGCCUUUGUUUUCUUGAAUUCUAAACCGUAUGGGGAUGGGGUUUGCUUUUCAAUUUCCUUCUCUGGCCCCAAAAAACCAAAAAUUUUGAAUUCAAGAGUAAAACCAAAAAUAUUAUCAGGAAAAGCUAUACCCCAAAUUCUUUUAAUAUUAUAACAUUUCUCCUCACAAUCCAUUUCAAAAAUAUAGCCCAAUUUGUUGCUAAAUGCUAAUGUUGUUUUC